CUCGCCUGGAUUGUACAGAUAUUUUACUAUGUGUCCAGAGUCCAGAUAUUUUAAAAUUUGUCCAGAUAUUUCUAUUUUUUCCUUUUUUAAGGAUAUUUAAAAAAAAAUGUUGGUGCUAAAGGAAACAAAUACCAAACUCUGUACUGAGUUCAUUUUCGGUAUUGAGUACUUCUUAUGUACAAGUACUUGUUAGUAGUAGUAGUAGUAGUAAUAGUCGUAGUAGUAGUAGUCAGUAUCGAUACUUUUAAGAAUCGGGUACUGUCGAUACUUUUCAGCAUCGAGUACUGAGUACUUUUGGAAUCGAUACUGCCCAACACUACUCUGAACAUCAGCUGCUUAUAUUAAAUCGAAUUUUGCAAGUAAGCAGUAAAAAUGCCAGAAAGCAGCGAUGAAGAGCAGCCAUCAAAAAAUAAGAGAAGAAUGGUAACAUUUUCAGACAGUUGGACAAAUAUUCCAGAAUAUUCUGACUGGCUUCAGAAGAUUGAUGAACAAACAGCACGGUGCACAUAUUGCGUAGUAAGCUUUUCAAUAAAAUAUGAAGGUCUUAGUGCAUUAAGAAAACACUUUCAAUCAAAAAAGCACCAAACUAUAAAAUCGGCGAAACAAAUCGCUGGCUCUCUAAGCAAAUUUACUACAAAAUCGCAAACGCCGGCAAGAAACUUAGCUGCACGAGCUGAAGUAGCAUCGGUUUUUCAUAAUGUAAUUCAUGGUUUAAGUUACAAUAGUCUUGACUGCCAUUUGAAAGUUUCUCGCAAUAUAUUUUGUGAUAGUAAAAUUGCUGGGGAUAUGUCAUGUGGUCGUACAAAAGCUGCAGCUAUAGCACGAAACGUAUUAGCACCAUACGCUCAACAACAAAUUGUGAUUGCUAUGCAGAAGAAUGUUUAUUUUUCCAUAGGCAAUGAUGCUUCAAGUAUUGGAAAUAAAAAGCUAUAUGCUUUGACUGUCCAGUAUUUCGAUUCGAACAGUGGAAUAUGUAAAAAACUUUUAGAUUUUUACGAAGAUUUUGAUGGAAAAUCGAUUGCCAUAUUUGAAAAUAUAAAGCGAAUAAUUGAAAGCAAUGGCCUGGAAAUACAAAAAAUAUCAUCUUUUAGUGCAGAUAAUGCGGCAGUCAACUACGGCAUCAACAAUUCCGUUUAUCAGAAACUCAGUGGACUUAACAAACAAAUAUUGAAAGCAAAUUGCAACUGCCACGUUAUAAAUAAUUGUGUGAAAUUUGCAAUAAAUGCUUUAUCUGUUGAUAUUGAAAAUAUAGUGAUCAAAAUAUUUAAUGAAUUUAGCAGUUCGGCGUUAGCUUCGGAAAAGUUAAAACAGUGCUUCGAAUUCGCUAAUUUGCAAUACAAGGCUCUUCUUCGUCAUGUACCAACUCGAUGGCUUUCCCUGUUUCCUGCCAUAGAACGCCUCAUUUUAAACUGGCCAGCAGUCAAAAGGUACUUUCUUCUAAAGGGCAAAAAAGCUACACGAAAGGAAUUAUGGGACUUUGUUUCUAAAAAUUUGCCAGAGUCAGAAGUUAUAAGUGAGAACGAGGAAUGUUUUCAAGAGGGACUUUCAGAAGCAUAUUUAUAUUUUCUACACAAUAUGUUACCAGAUUUUCAGACAUCGGUGUUGGCGCUAGAAAGCGACAGUUCUACAAUUGUUGAUGUAGAUCAUAUAAUGCGAAAAUUACUGAACACGUUGCAAAGCAAGCUGAAAGAUAAAUACUUUGGCAGCAAAACAAAGUCAAUUUUGGCAAAACUCCCACAAAACGAAAGAAAUAUUUUCAAAGAAGAAGCUGAAAACUUUUUAAAAGCUGCGAUUGAUUACUUAACGACUCAUUAUGAUUUCAGUGAUAACUCAAUAAAAAAAUACUUAUCUUUGUUAAGCUUAAAAGAAAACUUAAUUUCUUGGGAUGAAGUAGAAAUGGUGAUAGCUGCUUUAAACUUAAAAAAUGAAUUACAUAUUGACGUCUUAUAUACGGAUUACUGUUCCCUAAGAAGUGUGUACGAUGCAAUACCAAAGAAUGUACCAAAUGACCAAAUAUGGGCAUCGUUUUUUCGUUCCGUAAAAGACGAAGAAAUGAAGAAUUUGAAAAAGUUCAUAGCAUUUAUAUAUUCCAUACCAUUGAGUAAUGCCUUUUGUGAGAAGGUUUUCAGUAUUUUAAAUGACUUAUAUUCCAAAGAUCGUAACAAAAUGGCUAUUGAUUUAAUUAAAGCUGAAUUAGUUAUACGAUUAAAUAUAGAUGAAAAUUGUAAAACGUUCAUCGAAUUUUUAAAUCGAGAAGAUAGUACAAAACUAUUGGAAGCUGCUCAAAAUAACACAAAAUAUUUAUGGAACUGAAAUUCUUAAGUUUGUGUUUUUGUAAUACUUGUCCGAAUUCUUUUCUACAGAUACAUAAUUUAUUGUUAAAAAUGUAUUUGAAUAUGUACAUGUAUGUAUG